GUUCAAGGAUGGGCCGGGCCACCUGUAACUUGGCCGUGGCCAAUACGACAUGGCAUCUGCGUCGUCGACGUUGGACAGGGUAGAUUGCGGCGUAUACUUUUUGAAUCUCAAGAUACAGCACCCCGUGCGUCCAACAAGAGGCAGCAGCCAAAUGCAUGCAUCUGUGAGCUCCGAAGUGUGUGCCGCCGCCGCGUGGGUAAGCAUUGAUUGUCCACGGGAGACCUUUCCGGCCCAUGGGUCGCCUGGAUGGUUCGCCCGAAGGCGGUGGACGCCAGGGAGGGAUGGAGGGCAUUCGCCAAUCCGGACUGUGGUCUUAUGGCGCCAUGUCGUCAACGGGCAUGGGGCGGAAGCCAACACAUCGCCUGGAGAAGCAGGGAUGUCAAUGGAUGCAAGCACGAUAUGCACAUAACUUGUUGGAGACAUGGGACCGAGAAAUGGAGAGGGGGAGGUUGGGGAGGGGAGGGAUGAUCCCACGCCGCACAAACGCAUCAAGCAGUUGCAAGCAGUUGCAAGGCCUGCACAUCAUCUCGGAGCCCAUGGCUGAGCCCCCGGCAGCCAGGCCAGAGGUGAGGGGGGACCCUGGACUUGUCGAGCAGGUGUGUAUGCCGUCCACCGGCUGUCAUGACCGCCAUGGGCCCUUUGAAGCUAGGUUUUUCUCUUUUUGCAGCCGCAAAUGCUUCAGGGCGGAGGCCGCUCUGCCAAGGGAGCAGCCGGCAGUCGAAAAGAGGGUCUGGCUCUCGUUCUGGUCAAGUCAGCAUGAUGAAGCCGUGACGCACCGGGGUGCCGGCCGGGCGGUGGGCUCGGCCGUUGACAGACCUAACCCAGCAGGCCGCAUUGAGCAGACCGCAGACCGCUUCGCUGGCAGAAGGCUUCGUACGUACAUGUUGAAAAUGCGUCGGCGCGAGGGCUUGCUUUUGAUGCCCGCAGACCCGGACCGUGUAUGGCCACCCACCUUGCCCUGUCCCCGCCCUCGACCUGUGGCCGCAUUAUAGGCGGCCAGGUCCUGUGCUCACAUAAAUACAGCAUAUAACUCCGUACACACAUUCCUUGUGGCCUACCAGGCGGAGAAAAUAGUCCAGAAAAAGAGGGGGCGGGGGGUCGGGUUUGUAUGUAUGUACACACACCACGGGAUACAAGACGGGUUCCCGAUGGUGGCUUGGACGGGCAGUAGAGGUAGCCGAGACAUGGGGCGGGAUGGUGGUCUCUAUGACGGCCGCAGCCGCAGAAGAGGUUCGAGAGGGGACGAUCAAUGAAGCUCUGCAGUAAAGCUCUGCGGCAAAGCUCUGCGGCGAAGCUCAGCCCUCAGCACACACGACACAACGGGCUGCGGUUGUUGUGGUGACGUGUGGGUGGACGAGUUGUCGUGUGGCCACCGCAAUUC